AUGUUAACUAGGAGAUUAAGAAAUAUUUCUUUGUUAUCGAAACAAACAAUCAAAAUGAGUACUAAUAUUAAUAGUAAUGCAUUAGCAAGAUUAUCUUUAACCCAGAAACAUAUUAAUCCUACCAGAUCUACUUGGACCCAUGGUAGAACAAUCACUCAUCCCAACAUCUCCAAUGUUAAUCAAGGAACUAAAUAUACUUCUGAUUUUAAGAAUUAUGCUAUUGACCAAUCUACAGGUAAAGUCUUAUCUUACUUUCAUGAUAUUCCCCUUGAAUUGGAUGUUGAAGCUAAAGAAGCAAAUAUGAUUGUUGAAAUUCCAAGAUGGUCAAAUGCUAAAUUUGAAAUAAGUACAAAAUUACCAGCUAAUCCAAUCAUUCAAGAUUCAAAAAAUGGGAAAGUGAGAUUUGUCAAGAAUUUAUUUCCUCAUCAUGGAUAUAUUCAUAAUUAUGGUGCAUUCCCCCAAACUUGGGAAGAUCCAACAACGGAACAUAGUGGGUUGUUUGGUGAUAAUGAUCCUUUGGAUGUAUGUGAAAUUGGAUCGUUAAUCUUAAAGACUGGAGAUAUCAAAAGAGUAAAAAUAUUGGGAUCUAUUGCUCUUAUUGACGAUGGAGAAUUAGAUUGGAAAGUUAUUGUUGUCAAUGUUGAUGACCCAUUGGCAAAUGAAGUUUAUGAUGUUCAUCAUUUAAUCACAAAAUGUCCUGGAUUAUUAGAAACUACUAGACAAUGGUUUAAGGAUUAUAAAUUACCAGAUGGGAAACCAGAAAAUACUUUUGCAUAUAAUGCAGUUUUCAAAAAUGCUCGUGAUACAAUCGAAACUAUUCAACAAUGUAAUAAUAGUUGGAAACAAUUGGUUCUAGGGCAAAUCAAGUCUGAUAAGAAAUUACCUACUACCACCAAUGUUACAUUGAAGGGAACACCAGGUUAUGUCAAAGAUAUUGGUGUUUCUUUAGAUAACCCAUCCAAACCAGAUGCUGAAAUUCCAAUUGCAAUUCAAAAGAAUUACUUUAUGGUAAUAGAAUAA